AUUACACCACCUCCCUCACUGUCGGACCCACUUAAGGAACUGUUUAAACAACAGGAGGUUGUAAGGAUGAAACUACGUUUACAGCACAGUAUUGAAAGGGAAAAGCUUAUUGUUUCUAAUGAACAAGAAGUUCUACGUGUUCAUUAUCGAGCAGCAAGGACGCUGGCUAAUCAAACACUACCAUUCAGUGCCUGCACCGUUCUGCUGGAUGCUGAGGUUUACAAUGUGCCUCUGGAUGCUCAGGCUGAUGACAGCAAAACAUCAGUGAGAGAUCGAUUUAAUGCAAGACAGUUUAUGUCGUGGUUACAGGACGUCGAUGAUAAGUUUGACAAAUUAAAGACGUGUCUUUUGAUGAGGCAGCAGCAUGAAGCAGCAGCUUUAAAUGCUGUACAGAGACUGGAGUGGCAGCUUAAACUACAGGAACUUGAUCCUGCUACGUACAAAUCCAUCAGCAUUUAUGAAAUUCAGGAGUUUUAUGUUCCACUUGUUGAUGUUAAUGACGACUUUGAAUUGACGCCAAUAUGACAACUAGCACCUUCUGGCUCACCCUUUUCCUUGGACAACUAGAGACUGAGGUGCAGGGUUACACAGAGUUAUUUUUCUUUUAAGACAGAGCACUUCAUUCUGGGGAAUCCCACCUUUCUCAAUAAUUCAGGUGUUCCUUCAGAGAAGUGCGGCACGGGCUCUUGUUCAAACACCGAAGAUAAACACUGAUCCUAAAGUCGGUUCCCCAGUAAAUGUCAUUAUCUGUAUUGUAAAAUUGCCUAUAGCUUUAGAGCGUAUUGCUGAAAAAGAUGACAAAACACGGUGAGUUAACAGCGCUGGAAGCUGUUGGUAACUAAAACAGCCACCAAAAAACAAGUGAUACUUAAAAUCCGCUCUAAAGCUUUGUAUUACAAAAC